AUGGAUGUUCUUAGCUUUACCUCAAACCUUAGCAGCAGCACUCACAUGCUUCCACUCUCAAAAAAACACCAGACACAACCUCCUCGUACCAAGUUUUCUGUUUCAUGCAGAGCCACAAAACAGCUUCCAUGUGUUGAGGACAACUUGUACAAGGUACUAAGUCUGAGUCCGAAUAGUGCAACCACAGAUGACAUAAAGAAAGCGUAUAGAUCAAUGGCUCUGCAGUACCACCCUGAUGUGUGCCAUGAUGGUUCCAAGAAAGAGGAGUUGACGAGGAUGUUUGUGCAACUCAACGCAGCUUACACCACCUUGUCCAACCCACAGCUUCGAGCAGAUUAUGACUACGAGUUGGGUUUGAGAACCACGAAAAGUGCGACUGAUGAGAGUUGGAGAUGGAGGUGGCAGGAGCAAGUUUCCGAGCUGAGGAGAAAGUCUCACACACGUAUGGCACAGAAGGAGGGAUCGUGGGGCUGUAGAGUCAGAGCACAAAACAUGAAUUGA